UGUCGACGUCGUAAGCGCGUUGCUGUUGUGUUGUGUCUCGUGAUUGAAUCCCAUUGAGAAUUGUCGAAAUUAUUACUUUGUACCGCCGUGCCUCGCCAUCAAGUGAAGAUUCUUUUCAUCUCGCGGCGAAUCUUCAGCAGCUGCAAGAUUUUUAACGUGUGAAUCCUAUGUGCGGAUUGACGUCGCAAUCAGUCACGAUUGCCUUAGUGUGAUCAAAAUAAAAUGGCCGCCGCUGCGGCUGCCGCGCUGCUCGAUGAGCUUAUGGGCAGGAACAGGAAUGUCUUGCCCAAUGAAAAGCCCAAGGAGCUCAAUUGGGAAGAUCCCGAGUUUUGUAAGCUGUAUCUGGUAAAAUUUUGUCCCCAUGAUUUAUUCGUUAACACAAGAGCAGACUUAGGUGCAUGCCCCAAAGUACACGACGACGAGGCCAGGGAAUUAUUUGAAAAGGCACCGCAUUCGUAUCGUAAACAGCAAUACGAGGAUGAGUUUAUCAGGUAUUGUCAGAGUAUGUUAAACGAAGUGGAGAGAAAAAUCAUAAAGGGAAAGCAGCGAUUGGCACUGAUUGGGAGAACAGAAGCACCGACAUUAACUCCAGCUCAAACUCAGAGGAAUGAGGAACAGAUUGCUCUACUAACAGAGAAAAUAAAUAAGUUGGUUGAAGAAGCUGAGCAAAGUGGAAUUCAAGGUAAUGUGGAGCAAGCACAGGGCCUAAUGCGUCUUUGUGAUCAGUUGAAAGAAGAGCGCGAAACCCUAAGGAAAUCCAAUGAUAACAGUCAUUACAACCAAACUGCUGAGCUAGCAGCCGCACAGGAAAAACAAAUGGAGGUAUGCGAUGUAUGUGGUGCAUUUCUUAUCGUGGGUGAUGCUCAGCAGCGGAUUGAUGAUCAUUUAAUGGGGAAACAACACGUGGGCUAUGCCAGGUUAAAAAGCGCUCUUCAAGAGAUUAUGAACAAGCGUGAGAAGGCGCGCGACGAGAAAGAACAAAAAAGAGAGGAGGAACGGAAGCAAAGAGCACGAGCGAACGAAGAGCUCGACCGACGGCGGAGAGAUGGCGACAGAGAUAGAGAUCGCGACAGAGAAAGGGAUAAGCGUCGCAGGCGAAUGGAUGAUGACAAGAGCCGCCAUGAUUCGGGCGGUCACAGCAGAAAUAUGAUGUUCAAGAAUCGAAUGAGCCAAUGUAACGGGGAUGUUGCUUAUUACAGAAAUUCUAGGCAUAGAAGUAGAAGUAGAUCGCGAGAUAAACAUCAUCGAGAUGAAGAUAGCCAUCGACGUCACGGUCGAGAUAAAGGGAAUCGUGAUCAUCGUAGUUCCAGCCAUCAUAACCGUCGCCGUCACCGCUCGCGAAGUCGAAGUCACAAGUAACUUCUCUUGAUUGGUUAGUGAGUGAGAAGUAAGCCAGGUAUGCACCAAACAAUAUAACCAUAUUCGUCUCAAUUACUGUACAGGUACUCUCUUGAUCCAGGUGAGUUGCCAUUCCGAUGCACAUAAUACAUAUACAUGAUAAUAUAAUCUGUGAUGUUUGAAGCGCCGCGUAAGUCACACAGCAAGUUCAUCUCACUCUCUCUGAAAUACACUCUGUUUCUCUCCGCUUCUCUCUCUCUCUCUCUCUCUCUAAUCUUCCAGAAUAGUCAUGCUUUCAUGAAAAAUGAACGUGCCAUAUUAUACAAUUCGAGGAACAAAUUAUGUUCUUCCAUUUCCUUAACAUCAAAAUUUGUUAGUUCACGUAUAUAGAGCUGGGAGAUCAAUGAUAAAAUGUAC